AUGACUUCAAUCAUCUGCAAGCUCCCACUACCAAUCAUUUCCUCAAAAACAUCACCAUCAUCUUCUUCUUCGUCUCCUUCUAACCCCAACUCCUCAAAGAAGUCGUCAGUGAAAUUGACAAGAGAGGACUGGAGGCAACGCUCCAAACCCAUUCCACCAGGUGGCACUUAUCCAGCAAAAGACCACUGCAGUCGAUGUGGGUUAUGUGAUACUUACUACAUAGCCCAUGUCAAGAAUGCUUGCGCUUUUCUAGGUGAUGGAAUGUCUAAAAUUGAAGAUUUGGAACCUGCAGUCCACGGUAGAGGGAGAAAGGUAGACUCUUUUGAUGAGACAUACUUUGGGGUCCAUGAGGAGAUAUUGUAUGCUCGUAAAACAAAGCCUGUUGAAGGAGCUCAAUGGACUGGAAUAGUGACUACUAUUGCAAUUGAAAUGCUGAAAGCUGACUUGGUUGAGGCUGUUAUAUGUGUACAGAGUGAUCCAGAGGACAGACUCUCUCCAAGGCCUGUCUUAGCCAGGACACCCGAAGAAGUUCUAGCUGCAAAAGGGGUCAAGCCGACACUUUCUCCUAAUCUGAAUACCCUUGCACUGGUUGAGCUUGAGCAAACACGAGCAAUGAAACAAAAAUGGGACUACAUGGAAAAGGUAGGAACUAUAGAAACCAUACAAGGUGCUGCUGGUGUCAAGCGUCUUCUUUUCUGUGGUGUGGGUUGCCAAGUUCAAGCAUUAAGGUCUGUGGAGCGGCAUUUGAACUUGGACAAGCUUUAUGUGCUGGGCACCAACUGUGUGGAUAAUGGAACUCGAGAAGGACUUGAUAAGUUUCUAAAGGCUGCUAGUGAUAAACCAGAAACUGUUCUUCAUUACGAGUUUAUGCAAGACUACAAGGUCCAUUUGAAACACUUGGAUGGCCGCAUUGAAGAGGUUCCUUAUUUCUGUCUGCCAGCAAACGAUUUAGUUGAUGUUAUUGCACCAUCUUGCUAUAGCUGCUUUGACUACACAAAUGCUUUAGCGGAUUUGGUGGUUGGAUACAUGGGUGUGCCGAAGUACCCUGGGGUCAGCAUGACACAACAUCCACAAUAUGUUACAGUAAGAAAUGAACAAGGAAGAGAAAUGAUUGGUUUGGUAAGAGACCUGUUGGAGGUUACUCCAACAAUCAAUAGGGGUGCUCGCAGACCAUUUGUUAUGGAGACUGUUAAGGCUGAUGACAAUGCGAAGUUGGGAAAGGGUCCUUCUCAACCUGCCCCAAAGUUCAUUGGAAAUUUUAUAGCGUUUUUACUAAACUUGGUUGGUCCGAAGGGUCUGGAAUUUGCUCGUUAUUCACUAGACUACCAUACCAUCAGAAACUAUUUGUACACAAAUCGUACUUGGGGAAAAGAUAGAGCUGACAGGCACACACCUUCAUAUGCGAAGAAAAUAGUGGAAUCUUACAAUCAGAAUGGUCAGAUUGAUCUGAUGCUACAGAACAAGUGA